AUGAUCAGGUGGAUUAUACGUCCCUAUCAACGGCGAUUUCGUUCUCGACGAUCUAUUAUCUUUCCAAUAGUGAUAUUUAUGUUAACAACUAUUCUUCUCUAUACACGUGUUGAAUAUUAUACAUUGACAACAAAUUAUAUAAAUUCAUCAUCAUUAUCUUCAAAAAUAACAUAUGAUACACAAUCUACUUCUAUCAAUUUCAUCUGUGAAUUAAAAAAUGAUACAAUACGUGCAAUUAAUCAAGCACCUAGCGAUUAUUGCAAAGAAAAGAUAAAAAAUAUUUCUUGCCAAAUUGAUUCUACACCAAAUUUUUUUCCAACAUCAUUACCACGUUUUUGUCCCAUUCGAAAAGGUAAUUUUGGUGAUAUAAUUGGUUGUAUUUCAAAUGAUGAUAAUUCAACAUAUGGCACAAACAAAUUACAAGUGUUUAAUACUGAUAUUAUGUGUAUAGAUCACUGUUUGAAACUUAGUGUUUCAUUUGCUGGUAAUGUCUAA